UUUUAACUGUCCCCAUCAGUCAUUAUUGAAUUUUCUUUCUGUACGCACGGGCUCCAAAUAAUUGCAAUCUAAUCUUUCGGAAUUUACUUUCUUUCUUCAAUUGUUGAUAAUUAUUUUCUGACUUGAUAAACUCUAAACAACUAGAAGAUCGUUUAGCAUCUUGGUGGUGGAGAAAAACUGGAAAAAGCUGAAUUCAUAAUAUUUUUGAGAUUCUAGAACCAUUAUGGUUCGGGUUUUACUAUCAAUUGCUAUUAUCUUUUUGAUGUUGCAAUUAGCAUCGGCUUGGGAAUUUGAUUAUAAUCAUAAAUUGACUGAAAAACAUAGUGUUGUGCGACGAAAUGUAAACAGUGAAUACACAACAAUUAUCAAUUUCUGGCAAGAUCACAAAAAAGAGCUCGUUUUCACCGAGCAACAUGAAAAAGUAGUCUUGGUGAUGGGAAACACUGGCUCUGGAAAAACGACGCUGGUAUCUGCUCUAGUUGGACGUAAAUUGAGGGCAAUUAACCAAAACGGAUAUCGAGUGAUUGUCGACGAUGAAGAUAGAAUUGGAACAGGUUCAUCAUCCAAAACCUUAAUUCCUGAAACAAUGAUUGAUAUUAAAAACCAAAUAACGUAUGUAGACUGUGCAGGAUUUCGUGAUAAUCGAAAUCUUGAAUAUGAAAUAUCUUCAAUAUAUUUUCAAAACAUUCUAAUGAAUCGGGUUAAAAAGGUAAAAUUCAUAUUCGUAAUUAAUUACGAGUCGCUAAAGAACAAUGGCAACAAAAAUGAUUUUGACGAUUUAUUUGAACAUAUCGGUGAAUUUAUCAAAAAUAUUUCGAAAUUCCAUGACGGAAUAGCAUUGGUAGCCACAAAAGUUGAAAACAUGUAUGAUCAGUCUGAUGAUGGUACGUUUUAUUUGGUCAAUGACAAUCAAUCUGUUUUAGAGGGUAUUGAAAAUUAUUUAUUAGACAAAAGAGAAAUGUAUCGCAAAAAAACAGAUAACCUCGAAAAGUAUAAAAUGUUUGUGGACUUGAUCAAUGCUUUAUUACAAAAAAACAAAAAUUCUUAUACAAAACUUGCAAUUUUUCGACAACCUGCUGGUCAAGGGUUAUUGACUAGGCUUAGAGCAACUAACAAUGAAAUCAAUGCCAUAAUCAAAAUGACACAAACAAAUUUGAGCUUCGUUCAGAAAAACAAGGAUGACUUCGGCUUUGCAUUGUCCAAAGCUUCAAAAACUAUUGUUGACCGAAUAGUCAAUGAUAUAUUCCGAGAUGCAUUAACGAAUCGCUUAUACAAAUUAGGCAAUGAGACUUUUACACACUAUGAACAGUUAGAGAACCAAUAUAAUGAUAUUGGAAUGUUACGUGAUCAAAUUUCAACUGCCUUUGAUGUUGUUUCCAGAAUAAAAAAUGCAAAUGAACCACUUGAACUUUUCCAAAAUUUCCUUAACGCCACCAAAUAUUUGAAUAUAUCUGUAUCGCUGACGAAUUUAGACAUCAUUUCGGAAGAUAUAAAUGCUUUGAAUUUUUUUACAACGGUAUCAGAUAGCAAUGCAGAUCUUCACAUGAUGGUAUUGAAAAUCGAAGCGGAAAAUAUUGUAGAGUCAAUAGAAAAUAUGAACAAAAUCUAUGAGUUUUUAAAUAACUUGCAAGCAAAUUUAGCUUCAUACAGUGCUCAAGAAUUGAAACAAGAUAACCGCAUUGUGAAUAUAAUGAGAUCAUGCGAAAGCUCAAAGAGUAAAGGACUUAAAGAUUUUGUGGAUCUAGAAAAUAUUGUAAAUGAAAUGGACACUGACCUAAUUUACAGAAAAACAAGAGCAUUGAUAUUGAACCAAUUUCAAUUAAAACAUUUAAGGUCUAUUUUUAGUGCGUUUUUAGGUGAACUUGAGUUUUCAUGUCAAUCUUCAUCAAAACCGAUGAUAAUCAAGGGAUACAAUGUUAGAAUGAGUGAUGUGGUUAAAAUUGAAUGCUGGUCAGAGGCAACAAACAUACAAAUCUUUGCAUUAAACAAAAUUUUCCUAGAUUCAACGAUUGACAAAACCGGUAAAGAGGCCCAGUUAUCAAUUAUUGCACCUACAUGGGAAGUGUUUGGUAGACAGAAAAUAAUUUUGAAUGGAAAACCAGGAACUCCACAUGAAAGAGCUCGUGCCAAAUCAUCAUCUUUUAAUACGGAAAAUGGGGCAGAUGGUUUGGCGGGACUUCCAGGUGGUCCUGCUGGGCAUUUCUUCGGUGUCGGUGAAAAAUUCAUAAAUGCAGAAUAUUUGGAGAUACAAGCAAACGGUGGCAAAGGGGGACCAGGACAAUAUGGUGGAAAUGGUGCAAAUGGAAGACCAGGAAGAGAAUUGCCAAGUUCCUUCUUUAAAUUUGACCAAGAUUUCGAUGAAAUGAAGAAGUAUUUGAAAAAAAAUCAUUAUACCUUUUCUGAUGGGUCAGUUAAUGAAGUAAGCAAUUACUUCCAACCUAUAACUACGUAUACGGGUCAUUUCAAGGUGUUGGCGUUACCGGCGACAAAACCUACUGACGGAGGGAAUGGAGGUGUUGGUGGAAAAGGAGGAUACCCAGGUAAAGUUUUAAUUAAUGGUUUUAAAAAGGCGGUCAAUGUGAAAAUAUCAAAUAAUGCAGGUACUGUGGGAGCAGAAGGUCAAGGUGGUACUGGUGGCGAAAAAAUGUCAGAAGGAAGAACAGUCGAAUAUGAUUAUGAACUUUCCUAUGGAUUUUUUAAGGAAACAAGAUUUAUGGAUAUCAAAUGGACAAAUGGAAAAACCAUUCCAGCUGGAAAAUGUGGAAAACCCGGAAUGAACAUAAAUGCUGAAAAAUCACGAUCAAUUACGUUUAUGGCAAAACCAUUUUAUGCAAUCAAUGCUUAUAAAGACUUUUUAAGAAUUAAUUUAUUUGAGAAUAUCAAGGAAUCAGAAUUGAGAACCUUCAUUGAAAAUAUCGAUAAUGAUGACUACAUCAGAGCACAAUAUAAUACGCUUGCAUUUGUUAAGGAAUACGAAGUACUAGAAAGUCAGUUCUUUCAAUUAAGAAACAAAAUUGAUUUAGUCCCCUUCUAUAAUUCCUUACUUCAUCGCAUUGAAGAAUUUGCUAAGUCUGAAAACAAUAUAGAACAUAAAAAAGUUCUCAGCUACGUAUACACUGCUGCUCUAACUAAAGUCUUUACAUUGAAAAGUAAACUACAGGGAAAGACAGUAGUUGACUUGUCCCGGUAUUUGCGUAUUAUUGAAUCCAGCGUGAAACAAAUUCGUGAGAACCAGCAAUUGGAAAUAGUUCAAAAUUAUCGAAGCGAUUACGAAAAUAACUUGAGUACUAAAAUUCAAGAAGCAAAUGAUUUCAUAGAAAAUAAAAUUGAACCUGAAAUUAAUAGUCUUUGGGAAGAAUCGGAUAGCAAAAUAAAGGCUAUAAUUGAUGAAAUAGAAGAAAAUACAAAUUCUACCGAAAAAACAAUACAAUCACUAGAAGAGAAGAGAGCAGAAAUUCGUAAAUUGAUGCUAUUCCGCUCUGCGCUUGCACCACUUAAGCUUGCUGCUUCUACUUUAAGUUUUUGUGGACCUGUUGGUGCAAUGGUAGGUGUGGCAGUUACAAGUGCAUCUGGAAUAGCUGAUGGAAUGCUUAUUAAUCCAAAUUUGGGUUCAGUUCCGGUUAAAAUUCCCACAAUUGAUCCGAAUUUGAGAUUGAUGUAUCGAGUUACAGAAGUUUUGAACAACAAACCUAAGUUAGUAGCUGAAAAGCUUUUAAUUGUGGUUGAAAAAUUAGAAAACAAACGAGACGAUUUAUCAAUUUCACAAAGGGAUAAAAUUCAAAUUUCUGAAAAGAUUGGACAUCUGAAAGCACAAAUUGGUGAAGUGCAAAAGAGAAAGGCAAAUAGUAUUUCGGAUAUAGAGGUUAGGGAAAAGGAUUUAAAAAGAAUUCAAAAUGAAAUAAAUGAAUUCACGAAUUCAAGGAAAAAUAUUCUUGAAAAAGAGACAAAAUUAUUUGAUGAACUUAAAUUUGAAGAGAAGAACGAAGAAAAAAUAAAAAGAGAAUUGAAACUUGAGAAAUCUAUUCGUCAUAUCAAUCAUGUACAAUCUAUAUUAAACAGCGUGGAGAUUGUUUUUAACAUUAUUCAAAAAUUUAAAAAUGAUGAAGGAAUGAUAAGUAAAAUUAAUAGUCAAAUUUCCGAUUAUAGCGGUCAACUUAGAGACAUGGAAAAACUAGAAGACCAAGUAUACGAAAUUGUAAUACCGGAUUUUCGACAAAUCGAACAAACUGUCAAUGAGAUUGUGGCUUCGGUGAACGGAUCUUCAGGUGCCAAAUUGGAUCUAACCAAAUGGACUGUUAAAAAAACUCUAAAGGAUGUUAAAUCAAUGCUACACAAGUUCACCCACAAAAUGAGUUUCGAACUCCAGAGUGAUUUAAUGCGUUACAUAGAAAAGAUUGAGGAAGGGUUUUCUAUUCUAAUCGACAUUUAUGAUCGCAUCGAUUCUUACUCGGACAGUGUGAAACAAGCCGAGUAUAUGGCUCACAUUGUUUCAGCACCAAUGAUGAGCAUUCGAGUGACUGAUACUGAACUAAGCCAGGCACUUAUUAACCUAAAACUUUUAAUACAAUCGAAUUUAUUGUUUGAAAAAUACGGCAUAGCAUUACAAGCAUUCAAACAACAUUAUUUUCCUUUUGCUGCUCAUGUUUGGCAGAAAUUUCAACUACCAACAAGUUUGCAGGUCAAUAAUAUUGAAUCGUUGAGGUCAAAUAUAAUUGAGAGAAUUGGAGAUAUGAAAAAUCACAUUGAUGAGAGUGAAUCGACAAUAAGCGAAUAUAGUAAAAUCACUCACAGUAAUAAUAUAUUUAACAGCAAUACAACUGGAUCCUCACCAUUUUAUGUAUGGAAACAUAACACAAUUCACAAUGAAGUGCAACAUUUCCUCAACGGAUCGGAGAUUUUACUAAAAGCAGAUAUAUCAAAAGGACUAAAUUACAAUUCCAUAAAAUUCAGUGAUAUUGGGUUAAACUUCAAAUUAAUAAAUGAAAGCUUGCAGAAUAGCUUCAAUUCUGUUCUUCAAAACUUCGCUCUAACAAUGACUUUGGUUGGUAAUAAUUAUUACCGUUGCGAUGAACGAUAUUAUUUUAUUUCAUUUGAUGAUGAUAUCACAAUAUCUUACACACUUCAGAAGGACGAUACGAAAAAUUGGAUUAAUCCUAACAUGGUUUAUAAUACUAUUCGAAAUAGUCACACUUUCCUCAGUCCCUACGGUUUAUGGAGUAUAAGAUUGAAAAGUGUUAAUAAAGCAUUUUCGUUCAAUCAUUUGAAGAUUUUCGCAAAGGAAUCGAUUGAUGUGGAGCUGAUUGGAAGGGGCUACUACCUUGAACAGAAUUCUGAUUUCAACUUUAACAUUUGCAAUCAAUAUUUGGAUACAUUUUAUACCAUGGAAAAUAUAGUUAAGGACCUUUGAUGACUUAAAAAAAAAAACAAAAUAGAAUUAGAUCGUUAAGUUUUUUUUUUUAAAUUACUUUAGAUAUAAACAUGAAAGAUGGAAUUCAAAAACACGAAAAUUUAUCGAAUAAAAUGAUUGUUUUUCAA